UACUGUUUUUUUGUUCCUAAUUAGCUUUUAAAUUCUGUGUUGACCAAGGUCCUACUACGAAUUCGACGUCGUCCACACCGACAAGCUCUGCUCCGGCCAUCAACUUCGCCGGACUAAGCUUCGCAUCGACUAUCGUGGCAUUGGCAACAACCUUCUUCUGAUCUACUACUAUAUAUUACAUUUACGUCUUUAUUCAUUGUUAGAUAGGUUUAAUCUGUUUGAACUUAUUUUUGGUUACUUAAUAUUCAUAUGUUGUGUUCAAAAAGAAAAACUUAAUAUUCAUAUGUAAUGAGAAAAUCUAUCUAUAUAUAAUAGCAAACCCACUUUUUGUCUCUGAUGAAGUCAACAUUUUUUCAUAGGAAAAUAAAAGUUAAAUCGAAUGGUAGAAAUGGCUUCCUUACACAAUCCAAUGGUCAAGUUUUCAAUUCAUUUAAAAGUAUGACAUCAUCAAUUACUAAUCUAAACAGUGUGUCGACUUAACGUUUCAUUUGUGAAUCAUUGCUUCUCAAAAGUCACAAACCUGAUCCAAGUUGUCCUUCGCCUCGGUUCCCUAAGAAUCCUAUCACUACCAACCUACAACCUUGGUCGUGAACCAAUAUAUGGGAGAGACGGAGGAGCUUUGUCUUGGUGGCAGGCAGUAUGUGUGGCUGGAGCUUGGAGGUGCAUAAUCAUUGAUGUCGAGACUAGAAGGAUUCUGAUCAAGAAUGAUCUUAAAACCUUUCUGCCGAAUUUAGAUUAUUCAGUUAAGCUUCACGCCCUCUUUGGUUGGUUACUUGGGUUGUCUAAAUUGGAGUACUUUUUAUUUUGCUUAUUUAUAUGCAUACAUAGAAAAGGAUCAAGGAGUUAUUCUUGAAUCUUCUCUGUCAUCAAGCUUCAUCAACAUCCACUGUAACAAUUGAAUUACUUCUUGGUCAUAGACUUUCUUCUGUUUCGCCACUCUCUUGUAUUGAUUAACCUUAAGUAAAUUGAGCUUGAGGUUUGGGGCGGUCUCGGUGUAUUUUCUAUGGACAUUGGCAUUAUACCAGUCUAAAUAAAUUCCUGAGCCUGAAAAUUCUCAUUGUUCAUUGGUUUAGUGCGCGAAUAUGGAUAGUUGUUAGGUUAGAGAUUGGAUUUAUUUUCUCAUAAAAACAACGUUGGUGAGCUUUGCUUUGCUUCAUGAUCUUCAUCAUCUCAAGCUAUCCUUUGCACCGGGUAGUCUGCCUCAUUCAGCUUCCACCAUAAUAUUUUUGGAAUGGGCCAAAAUAUCAUACAUAUUUAAAUAUAAUAAAAAUGAGGAUAUUUUUGAAUUGUUAGAUGAGAUUGGAGAACAUGGUUGACGACCACAAGAAAACAUAUCAUGUAAUUUUUGUUGUCGUGAUGUAAUAACAAUCUUUCGUCUAUUUUUGGAUUAGUUUUGGAUUUAACUAAAUAACCAAGAUUUUAGUCUUUGAUCCGUUGCGUAAUGAUCGGAUCAGAAAAGGUUUAGUAACUGUUUCUCAAAAAAUCCAACGUCGACGUGUGUGUUGUGUAUAUAAAUACAUGUGGAAAUCUAUUACAAAUUCACACAACAUUCAAACACAAGAUAAAGAAACCAUCUUACAAUAACUAAUAUUGUUUUUCAAAAUGGAGAUUGUUAGAUUCACCGUCGCCGUCUUUUUUGUACUUUACUCCGUAUCAUCAUCUAACGCCGCAACUGCACCACCGAGCGGUGGAGGCGGCGGAGGAGGAGAUGCUCAGGCAAUGCCGUGUAUACAGAAACUUAUGCCGUGUCAGCCGUUUCUCCACUCGGUGAUUCCACCACCGCCUCCAUCGUGUUGCCUGCCGAUGAAGGCGAUCGUCGCCAACGACGCGACGUGUCUUUGCUCCGUGUUCAACAACGUAGAUAUGCUCAAAUCGCUUAACCUCACUAAAGACAACGCUCUUGAUCUCCCUAAAGCUUGUGGCGCCAACCCUGACAUCUCACUAUGCAAAGCCAGCCCCGCGGGUGGUACUACUACGAAUUCGACGUCGCCGGCAACUCCCAAAACUCCUCCGGUGUCUUCCACUGGAAGCGGUUCCACCGGAGCUUCUUCUUCAACGACCUCACCGACAAGCUCUGCUCCGGCCAUCAACUUCGCCGGACUAAGCUUCGCAUCGACUAUCGUGGCAUUGGCAACAACCUUCUUCUGAUCUACUACUAUAUAUCACAUUUACGUCUUUAUUCGUUGUUAGAUAGGUUUAUUCUGUUCGAAAUUAUGUUUGGUUUUAUACCCAAAAAAAAAAAAAAAUUAUGUUUGGUUACGUACUCAUAUGUUGUGUGCAAAAAGAAAAAUUAAUAUUCAUAUGUAAUGAGAAAAUUCUAAUAAUAUUAAUGAUUUCCAACAGCUAUUUGCAAACAUUUUCUCUAACUUAUUUAGCGCCAAAAUUUAUAAACCAUCUCAUUACGGUUUUUAUUUUUAUUUUAUUUUCGUCUUCUUUUGAGAAAAAGAUGAUACUAGUAUGAUGUUACUAGUUCAAUGCAUUUAGCUAAUGAUGCAUGUUAUGUCUACGUACAAUACGAUUGACAAACAUGUACAUGACCACAACUCAAUCUGAAUUAUGAAUGUAUAAUAUGAUGAAUGAUACUAUGAUGUUAUAGUUCAAACUAUUAAUACGAAAUAUGGUGUAUAAUAUAUAUAUGUGAAGCUCAAGUAGUAUAAAAUAGAUAUAUGCCUCUUUAUUAGUGUUUAGGAAGCUAGCUUUUUAGGCACUGUCAAGAUUUUGACGUUGCAACUAAUAAUCAUUCCAUGUUUUAAAUAUGUUGAAGAUAGCUACUUGAGAUGUCCUUUUCGCUUUAAUUCUAAAAAUGUGUUUAUAUAAUGUUAUACAAAUAUUGUCACUCUGUGCUUUAAGAUUAUCGAUUUAAUAAAUCUUGAUACAGUUCAUCAAAUGGAUUCGGUUUAAUUUAUUUUAGUUGUUAGGUUGAAGGACAAAAUAAAUAAAAUUAGCAAGAGUAAACAACAAACACAAGUUGAGUCUCAAGAAGAGUCGAGGGGACUUUAAAAAUAAAAUCACAUACAACAAUACGAAGAGAUAAUAGUUUAAAAAAAAAAAA